UCACCGGCGGCCUGGGAGCAGGGCGGCGUUGAAGCGGUGUCUAGAGGGCCGUCGUACCACCGAGGCAGGACCUGUUUUCGGGGCAUGAGCUGAGGGCACAACGAGGCCACGAGUAUUUCAUAGAGAUUGAUGGAAGCAGAAACCAAAACUCUUCCCCUGGAGAACGCAUCCAUCCUUUCAGAGGGCUCUCUACAAGAGGGGCACCGAUUAUGGAUUGGCAAUCUGGAUCCCAAAAUCACAGAAUACCAUCUCCUCAAGCUCCUCCAGAAGUUUGGCAAAGUCAAGCAGUUUGACUUCCUCUUCCACAAGUCAGGUGCUUUGGAGGGACAGCCUCGAGGGUACUGUUUUGUUAACUUUGAAACUAAGCAGGAAGCAGAGCAGGCCAUUCAGUGUCUCAAUGGCAAACUGGCUCUAUCCAAGAAGCUGGUGGUGCGAUGGGCACACGCUCAAGUGAAGAGAUAUGACCAUAACAAGAAUGAUAAGAUUCUUCCCAUCAGUCUUGAGCCAUCCUCAAGCACGGAGCCUACUCAGUCUAACCUAAGCGUCACUGCAAAGAUUAAAGCUAUUGAAGCAAAGCUGAAAAUGAUGGCAGAAAAUCCCGAUGCCGAGUAUCCUGCAGCACCUGUUUAUUCCUACUUUAAGCCACCAGAUAAAAAAAGGACUACUCCGUAUUCUAGAACAGCUUGGAAAUCUCGAAGAUGAUGGUUGUGAAUUACUAUAGCAGCAAAACAAAUUGGUCUCCACACCUGAAAUCUCCUGCCUUUGUACAUUGUAAAUGUGAAUGGUACUAUCCAACAGAGCACAAUCACAUGUUAGUUUGGAAACGUAACAUUUUUGGAUGUUCUUAUAGAUAUGUCUUUCCUGAACUAUAUGUGGAAUUGAGCAUCAUCCAGAAUAAAUAGGAUUGUAUCCAAAGUUGUGAUUUAAACACCAUGAUGCUUUAAUCGGCUAGUACAUUUGGAUUUAUAACUAAAAAAUGUUAUAUAGUGUGCCAGAGAGAAAGGCAGACAUACAAAGUGUUAUUUAUUUAAAUCAGGAAACUAAAUUUACUAUUGUCCAUCAAAAAAAAUUGAACAUUUUUCUGUGCUCAUCUCUCUUUACAACAUACAGAAAAAAUAAGAGACAGAGAGGGACGUGAGAGACAGAUUUUAAAUCAUGUUCAGAACUGCUGUAGAAUUUACUAUGAAGAUCCCUCCAACUGAACUAAAAAAGAUAAGAUUCUUGACAAAAUGGAGCUGGUUCUUUGAGCAAAUGUUGUAGUAAUCUGUUUAAAAAUUAUGCUUACUGUUUCAGAAAUCCCAAUUAGGAAAUCUUAGUGUAUAUCUUAAAAUUGUUUGCAUCAACAAAACUGUAGAAUCAAACCUAGCAUUUUAUACCACAACAGAAGUUCUGUUUGGAAAUCCCACUUUUAUUCUAGAGUGAUCAGUUUUUAAAAAUUAAAUAAUCCUGCCUUCUGUAGUACCAAAUAUUAUUAUUAACAUGGGACUUUUAAAAUUGCACUUAUUGCAUGAGAUUGUUUUUAUAGCAUGAGAAUGUUCUAUUUGGAAUUGUAUCAUAAUCAAUCUAAAUAGAAAAGCAAAAUGUCUUUGAAAACUUAAGCAUUGCUAUAUUUGUGUAGGAGUUUGAGUAGAAAAGGAUGAUUAUCUUGUGCAGGAUAAGGAGGGGACAUGCAGUGGGCACAGAAAUUCCAUGGAACAGACACUCCUCUGGCACCAAGAUUGGAAUGACCUCAUGUUUUAUGUAGUUUUAAAACACCACUUGACUUGAAAGUGAUUCUUCAUUCAUAGAACAUACUUCUCCCUAGAUGCUUUGACCGCUUUGAACAUUCUACAUAUAACAGAGAGAAAUAAGCCAGUGAGUGUGGGGGGUCUUUCCUCAGCACAGCUGUGGUCCUUUAGUUGCCAGUUCUGACAGACUGUCCCGGUUGGCAGCACCACUGCUCCAUUACCAGGUAAAUCGCUAUGUCAUCCAGGUGUCAUUCUCGCUGAUUACAGUUUACCACGCUCAUUCCUAGCAAGAGGAAGUUUUCAUUAUCGGAACUGAAGUCUUCUGUGAGUACAAAUGAAUUGAAGACUCUUGAAUCAGAACUUUGGCGUUGCAAGAUUUCAGAAUUCACAGAACUGGUUCCGAGAAAUAAAUUCCUGUCACUCUUCCCAAGGUUUAUCUUUUUAGGUAUCACAUAUUUUAAGUAUUUAUUAGCUGUGUCUAUGAUGCAAGUAACUCCUUCCACUUAGGGGAUAGUUCUAAGAGGGGAGAGCACUGUCUCCCAUUUUUCUGGUGACUUCUUGAAGUAUAGAAUUCACCAUUUUAUCCUGAAGUCCUCCAAGGGUUGUGGUGGAAUAGAACUUACUUAAUGCAAAAUAGUCUUCUAUUUUUAAUAGGAACUUAGAAAAUACUUAACUUAGAAUUAUAUAGAGUUGUUUCCUUUAGAAACCAGAGCUAUUUAUUUGUAUUUAAAGCAAUGUUUAUUAUUUGUACCAGUUCUUAUCUCUCUGUGUGAAUAAAUGCAAGACAGUGUCUGGA